UCUAGUUUCAACUUUCUUUUGCAACAGGAACUUUACCGCACUAAUCACAGUUCUUAGAGGAGGAGAGCUGGACGGUGUGAGCAGUAUUAGCUAGUAAAUGUACUCCCAAAAGCUAAAAAAAAUGAAACUUCCAGCAAAGAUUAUUUGGCUUAUGUUAUGGUCUUUUUGUGUAGCAGAAGAUUGUAAAGAACCCCCUCCAAGAAAAAGUACAGAAAUUCUGUCAGGUUCCUGGACUGACCAAACAUAUUUAGAAGGCACUAAGGCCUCCUAUAGAUGCCGCCCUGGAUAUAGAACACUUGGAAAUAUAGUAAUGGAAUGCAAGAAUGGACAAUGGGUCUCUCUUAAUCCAUCAAGGAUAUGUCGGAAAAAGCCCUGUGGACAUCCUGGAGAUACUCUCUUUGGUUCUUUUCAACUUACAGUAGGAGAUGCUUUUGAAUAUGGUGCAAAAGUUGUGUAUACAUGUGAAGAGGGGUAUCAAAUGCUAGGUGAUACAAAUUUCCGUGAAUGUGACACUGAUGGAUGGACCAAUGAUGUCCCUAUAUGUGAAGUUAUUAGGUGUUUACCAGUGGCAGCACCAGAAAAUGGAAGAAUUAUCAGUGGUGCAAUGGAAUCAUACCGGGAAUAUUCUUUUGGACAAGUGAUACAGUUUGAGUGUAAUUCUGGCUUCAAGGUUAAAGGAAAUAAAGAAAUACAUUGUUCAGAAAAUGGUGUGUGGAGUGCAGAAAUACCAAGAUGUGAGGAAAUUCUCUGCAAAUUACCAGCAGUUAUAAAUGGACAUGCUAUAUCUCAGAAGGCUGUUUACAAGGAGAAUGAACGAUUUCAAUAUAAAUGUAGUGCUGGUUUUGUUUACAGUGAAAGAGGAGAUGCUGUAUGCACUGAAUUUGAUUGGAGACCAUAUCCCUCAUGUGAAGAAAAAACAUGUAAUACUCCUUAUAUUCCAAAUGGUGUCUAUUCACCUUUAAGGAUUAAACACAGAAUUGACGAUGAAAUCACGUAUACGUGUAAUGAAGGUUUUUAUCCUGAAGCCCACAGAAAUACGAUAAAAUGUACACAUAGUGGCUGGGUACCUGCUCCAAGAUGUAGCUUGAAACCUUGUCAUUUUCCACAAAUAAAACAUGGAAAGCUACAUAGAGAGGAAAGUUAUAGACCUUACUUUCCAGUAUCCAUAGGAAAAUGGUACUGGUAUCACUGUGAUCAAAAUUAUGUGCCUGCUAGUGGAGAUACCUGGGCUUAUAUUACUUGCACACAAGAUGGAUGGUCACCAGUACCCUCGUGUCUCCGACAAUGUACUUCCAAUUAUUUCAAAAAUGGACGUUUUGUAUACAGUGGAAGAACAUAUUUACAGGGUAAAUCUGCAAAAGUCUCCUGCAAUUCUGGCUACAGUCUUCCAAAUGAGCUGACCACAGUUACAUGUACAGAGAAUGACUGGUCUCCUUCUAAUUGUGCUGCUGUCAGUUCUUCACACCAACAAAACCGCCAACAUCAGCAGGUCUAAAGUGCCCAGCAAAAAGCUGACUCGUGGAAGAAUGCAGUUUCCACAUCCUGAUGAUUUCAUUACCCUUAUUUUGAUCAUUCAGUGACCCCAGUUUUCAGCCCCUUUCUCUCCACAUUUCUCUUAAAAACUCUUGCCCAGAACUUCUGCAUGAAACAGAUCUGAGGUUUGAGAAUU